GGUGUUUAUGUUGGAAAAUCAGAGAAUAUUCUUUUAUGGGAUUUGAGAAAAUGAUCGAUAUGGAGUCGAGGGGAAGUGCGUGUCGGAUUAAGAAAUGUGCGUUCGAUCUGCUGUCGAUUGGCGAUUUGAUCGACGACGAGGAUUCGUGGGAUUUGAUGGGAAGAGAUCUACGGCUGAAAUCAACGUUCCUGUAUUGUGAUUUCAACCAAGUGAUUUCUAAUGCUCCUGAUGAGCAAAAGAAGCCUCUCACAGACCUUGCCAACAGACUUUUUUACUACAUUGAAGAGUUGGAUCGUGCAGUGAAGAUUCGUAGCAUCUCGCUCACACAAAACCGUUACAACGACACGGCUGUCGUGUUGCAAGAAGUGAUGGCUUUCAUGCCUUGAUAGUUGUUGAUAUACUGGCGAAAAAAAAAUAAAAAUAGAGAGAGAAAUAAAAAAAUCGAUUUCACAAAAAACCGUUUGAGGUAUUAUCUCGUAUGAAAAAGUCAUUAUACCUGUAAAUAUAGACUCGUGGAAGUGUGAGAAAAUGGGAAAUGUGUAAAAUGGCCCCCAUUCGUAU